CCUGAGUCCGCGAGCAGGCUGGUUCUUCGCAGAGCUGAGAACCCAGUGCCCGUGGCUGGCCAGAGUGACAGCGUAUCAUGUAUGCCACUGAUUCCAGGGGACACUCCCCUGCUUUCCUCCAACCUCAGAAUGGAAACAGCCAUCGCUCAUCUGGUUAUGUUCCAGGGAAGGUUGUCCCACUGCGUCCCCCUCCUCCUCCAAAGAGCCAAGCUUCAGCCAAAUUUACCUCCAUCCAACAAGACGCCCGGGCAACCUUUGCCUUCUCACCUGAAGAACAGCAAACCCAGAGAGAAGGCCGAAAGCAGAAGAGACACAAAAAUACUUUCAUUUGCUUUGCUAUUACUAGUUUCUCAUUUUUUAUUGCACUUGCAGUCAUUUUAGGAAUAUCUUCAAAAUAUGCUCCAGAUGAGAAUUGCCCAGAUCAAAAUCCACGUCUCAGGAACUGGGAUCCAGGCCAAGAUUCUGCAAAACAAGUUAUUAUCAAGGAGGGAGAUAUGUUCCGUCUGACCUCAGAUGUCACACUAAAUUCUAUAAUCAUUCAGGAUGGAGGACUGCUUGUAUUUGGGGACGAUAAAGAUGGAUCCAGAAAUAUUACUUUAAGGACUCGUUACAUCCUUAUCCAGGAUGGUGGGGCGCUUCAUAUUGGAGCAGAAAAAUGCCGCUAUAAAUCCAAAGCGACAAUUGCCUUGUAUGGCAAGUCAGAUGAAGGUGAAAGUAUGCCAACAUUUGGCAAAAAGUUUAUUGGUGUGGAAGCUGGCGGGACACUGGAGUUACACGGGGCACGGACGACAUCGUGGACGUUGCUGGCGAGGACCCUGCAUUCCUCAGGCUUGCCCUUUGGGUCCUACACCUUUGAAAAGAACUUUUCCCGGGGCCUCAAUGUGAGGGUCAUUGACCAAGACACGGCCAAAAUUUUGGAAAGUGACAGGUUUGAUACCCACGAAUACCACAAUGAGAGUCGGCGGCUUCAGGAAUUUCUGAGAUUGCAGGACCCAGGUCGGAUUGUUGCCAUAGCUGUCGGAGAUUCAGCAGCCAAAAGCCUCUUACAGGGAACGAUCGAGAUGAUUCAGGACCGAUUGGGAAGUAAACUGAUCCAAGGACUGGGCUACAGGCAAGCUUGGGCUUUAGUUGGUGUCGUUGCCGGUGGAAGCACUUCUUGCAAUGAAUCUGUGAGAAACUAUGAAAAUCAUAGCAGUGGCGGGAAGGCUCUUGCCCAAAGAGAAUUUUAUACCGUGGAUGGGCAGAAGUUCUCUGUGACAGCUUACAGUGAGUGGAUUGAAGGCGUUUCUCUUUCAGGUUUCCGGGUAGAGGUUGUGGAUGGAGUGAAGCUUCAUUUGCUGGAUGAUGUUACUAGCUGGAAACCCAGAGACCAGAUUGUGAUCGCAAGCACAGACUAUUCUAUGUACCAGGCAGAGGAAUUCACUCUUCUUCCAUGUCCUGAAUGCAGCCGUUUUCAGAUCAAAGUCAAAGAAACCCCUCAGUUCCUGCACAUGGGUGAGAUCAUAGAUGGUGUAGACAUGCGAGCUGAGGUUGGACUUCUCACCCGGAACAUUGUGAUCCAAGGAGAAAUGGAGGACUCCUGCUAUGCAGAAAAUCAGUGCCAAUUUUUUGAUUAUGAUACCUUUGGGGGACAUGUUAUGAUAAAGAAAAAUUUUACUUCAGUUCAUCUUUCUUAUGUGGAAUUGAGACACAUGGGUCAGCAGCAGCUGGGGCGGUAUCCUCUUCAUUUUCAUCUGUGUGGAGACGUGGAUUAUAAAGGAGGGUACAGACAUGCAACAUUUGUGGACGGCCUGUCUAUCCAUCACAGCUUCUCAAGGUGCAUCACUGUGCAUGGGACAAAUGGCUUGCUCAUAAAAGACACCAUUGGAUUUGACACACUAGGUCAUUGUUUCUUUUUGGAAGAUGGUGUUGAACAGAGAAAUACUUUGUUCCACAAUCUGGGACUCCUCACCAAGCCGGGCACUCUCCUCCCCACUGAUAGGAACAACUCCAUGUGUAUCACCAUCCGUGAUAAAGUGUUCGGAAAUUACAUCCCUGUGCCUGCCACUGACUGUAUGGCUGUUUCAACUUUCUGGAUUGCUCAUCCCAACAAUAAUCUGAUUAAUAAUGCAGCUGCAGGCUCACAGGAUGCUGGAAUAUGGUAUUUAUUCCACAAGGAACCUACUGGGGAAUCCAGUGGAUUGCAGUUGUUAGCGAAACCAGAACUCACUCCAUUGGGUAUAUUUUAUAACAACAGGGUCCAUUCAAAUUUUAAGGCUGGCUUAUUCAUUGACAAAGGCAUCAAAACAACCAACUCUAGUGCUUCUGACCCAAGGGAAUACCUCUGUUUGGAUAACAGUGCAAGAUUUCGGCCUCAUCAGGAUGCAGACCCUGAAAAGCCACGUGUUGCUGCUGUAAUUGACAGAAGUGUGGCUAAGGAUUGUUCUUAUUUUAACAGUGAUGGAAGCUUCCCAAGUGAUGAGGGGUCCAGCCAGGAGGUAUUGGAAUCUCUCUUUGUUGGGGAGAGCAGGAAUUAUGGCUUUCCAGGUGGUCAGAACAAGUAUGUAGGCAUUGGAGGAAUAGACCAGAAACCUCGGACGUUACCUAGGAACAGGACAUUUCCAAUUAGAGGCUUUCAGAUUUAUGAUGGGCCCAUUCAUCUCACCAGGAGCACUUUCAAAAGAUAUGUGCCAACUCCAGAUAGGUACAGCAGUGCAAUUGGCUUCCUCAUGAAGAAUUCCUGGCAGAUAACCCCCAGGAACAACAUCUCCCUUGUAAAGUUUGGUCCGCAUGUGUCUCUGAACGUCUUCUUUGGAAAGCCCGGCCCCUGGUUUGAAGAUUGUGAGCUGGAUGGUGAUAAGAACUCCAUAUUCCAUGACGUUGAUGGCUCUGUGACAGGAUACAAGGACACUUAUGUGGGAAGAAUGGACAACUACCUGAUCCGCCAUCCAAGCUGUGUAAACCUUACCAAGUGGAAUGCCGUGGUCUGCAGUGGGACCUAUGCCCAGGUCUACGUACAGACGUGGAGCACCCAGAAUCUUUCUAUGACCAUCACUCGAGACGAGUACCCUUCCCACCCUAUGGUGCUGCGGGGAAUUAACCAGAAGGCUGCCUUUCCGCAGUACCAGCCCGUGGUCAUGCUGGAGAAGGGGUACACCAUCCACUGGAAUGGGCCGGCGCCACGCACCACUUUUCUGUACCUCGUCAACUUCAACAAGAAUGACUGGAUUCGGGUUGGCCUCUGCUAUCCAUCAAACACAAGUUUUCAGGUUACCUUUGGCUUUUUGCAGCGGCAGAAUGGUUCAUUAUCCAAAAUCGACGAGUAUGAGCCUGUGCAUUCACUGGAAGAACUGCAGACGAAGCAGUCUGAGAGGAAAUUCUAUUUUGACUCCGGCACAGGGUUAUUGUUUUUGUAUCUCAGAGCCAAAAGCCACAGGGAUGGCCAUAGUUACUGUUCAUCUCAGGGAUGCGAAAGAGUCAAGAUCCAGGCAGCAACAGACUCAAAAGACAUCAAUAACUGCAUGGCCAAAGCAUACCCACGGUAUUACAGAAAGCCCUCAGCGGUCAAGCAGAUGCCGUCCAUGCUCACUGGACUCUGUAAAGGCUGUGGGACCCGGCAGGUGGUGUUUACUAGUGACCCUCAUAAAAGCUACCUCCCUGUGCAAUUCCAGUCACCCAGUAAAGCAGAAACUCAGCGUGGAGACCCGUCUGUUAUUUCUGUCAAUGGCACCGACUUUACCUUCCGAAGUGCAGGUGUCCUUCUGCUCCUUGUUGAUGCAUGCAGCGUUCCAUUCCGGUUGACAGAAAAAAAGUUUUUCCCUCUUGUUGAUGUCAGUCGCUUGGAAGAGUAUUUAAAAACAGACAUCCCUCCAAGGUCAAUUGUUCUGUUGAGCACAAGAGGAGAAAUAAAACAGUUGAACAUUUCAGAUUCAUUAGUACCUCUGGGAUUAGCCAAACCAGCUCAUCUUUAUAACAAAGGGAGUACCAUAUUCGUGGGAUUCAGCGGAACCUUGAAACUGUCAUGGACUAAGCUAUUUACCAGUCCUGCUGGACAGGGCCUUGGGGUGCUUGAACAAUUCCUGCCUUUGCAGCUGGACGAAUAUGGUUGUCCCAGAGCAGGCACCGUUCGCAGAAGAGACUUGGAACUGUUAAAGCUAGCUUCAAAAGCACAUUAGAGACUAACUGUAACUUAAGUGCUGGGAAGAAAAAAAAAAUGUGAACUAACUUAUUUAAUUUAUGGCAUUUUAAGAUGACACUGUUAACCCAAUGGAACCAUUUUCCUGUUUGAUACAGAAAGGGGAGAAAAGAAAGAGUAUGAAGUCAUUGCUUGAAUACCAGCUCAUGCACCUUCUAGUUGUACAAAAUGUUAGAGAAAUUAUUUGUAUUUGUAAGGCUGGCCUGUUCAGAGAGCGGUUCUCUUAUUCCUCCCCGUCCACCCCAGUGUUUUGUAAUGACCAUAAGCGGUGUUUUACUGUUUGUGUAAUGCAGCAUGGUAGGGUGGGGGUUCUGACAGUCAGCCUGAAGUCUUUAGAAGAUCAGCUAUUGUAGCACCUUGGAUACUUGAAGUCUAAUGCUCAGUUGUGUUGUGCAGCAGUUGACUUGGUAGCUGGCAUGCUCAGCGACACCUGGUGCCCUGUUUCUGGGCAGCCUUUGAAGACUUUUUAUGAUACUGAAUGACAAGAGUUUUAAGUGGCAACUCAGGCCCAGCUCAUGCCCUUUUUUUGCCUGGACAUGUGCUAUUUUUAUUCAUUUGUAUAUUGAUUACUUCUAAGGGUUCAACUUACAGAUGGGAAGUAUAUUGGGACAAAAGUGCUCACAGGGAUUAGAAAUUCCUUUAAUCCAUGACCAUUGGGCAAAAAGUUGACCUGUACCAAAGGUCUGGGGCUGUUGGGACCAUUUUUGCAGCUUUAAUCCUUAGCCUGUUUUGACUGUAUAUUUGUAUUUCAAAUGCAGAGCUGAGCUGAAAAUUGACUUAUUUUUUUUUUUUUUUAAAAGAAGCAGGCCAUUUUCCUGAACUGUAAACUUGUGUUGUUUUAACUUGCACAAAGGAAGUCUGUUCUUGGUGUUGCUCUUGCACCUGGGUUUUUGUUAUUGUUUUUGUGUGUGGAUAUUUUUUAAGCUUUUCUGUUCACCAUCCUGCCAGGAAAAUCCCAGAAAGCUUAAUGAUAGUCCAAAAAAGUUGUACCCUGAGAACGAAGAAAGGAGAGCCUUCUAAGGGCCAGAAUCAUUGAGGUUCAAACAUGAACCUCUUUGUAUCCUUAAAGGAGUGAAUCACUCUUAAUUAAAUUGUUAAAGCUAAUUAAAAAGGUGUCAUGAUGCCCAAUUUCCCUUUCCUCUGGGCGCGUGUGUCUCCUGCCGGUGAGACUCGCGUGUGGCAAAAAGAUUUUCCUUCGUAUCCUGGAAUGCCGCCACACCAAGAGGAAAGAAACAUCAAAAUACCUUUAUGUUUUUCUAAACCCACAAUGCAUGAAGUGUAGUGGAGGGAUGGCCUAGUGGAGGUGGUAGGGUGUGUUUGGGCUGGCAUUGGCAAUGAGUGUAGACAAAUCCACUUUGCUCUGCUAAGGGCAAAGGCUGACGAUGGCCUGUACCUUUGUGUCCGGGAGAAACUGCAGAGCAGCUCUGUGACUUCUUUUACUUUACAAAUAUGCUACCUCAAAGUGCUACCAAUAAACCUUUCUAACUGUAAGUGCUCUUGGUCAGGGCACGUGUCUUAAUCAAAGUUUGGUUUUUUGGGUUUUUUUUUUUUUUUUUUUUGUAUAUUGAUGAAUGAGAUCUGACCUAUGAAAUAUAUUAUUGGA